AUGGCCAAAGUUCUACAACAUGGCCCUUGGUUUAUCAAUGAGCACUACCUCUCUGUUCGAAGGUGGGAGCCAAAUUUUGUAGCUAGAAAAGCUAAGGAAGUUCACUCAGCUGUUUGGGUCCGUCUUCCACAACUACCCACAGAACUCUACGAUGGAAUAGUGCUUGGAAGGAUUGGAAACUCAAUUGGCCGGCUACUACGCGUAGAUGCUUGUACAGGCUCAACACUCAAAGGAAGAUACGCGAGGUUAUGUGUGCAAGUGCCAUUAGACCAACCAGUCCAAACAACGAUUCCGAUUGGCUCUCACAUACAACAACUCGUGUAUGAAGGGGAGAAUUUUUUAUGCAAAGUUUGUGGUAGACUGGGUCACACUGCACCAUCAUGCUCCUACUCUACAAUUGACUCACUAAACCAGACACAACAAGGCCCUUGGUCCAUCACCUCCAACUCCACAAACAAGGGAAAAGCAGUUGAAGAACUAUGGCAAACAGUCUCCUUUCCUAGAGGUAACAAACAAAAACGACACACUGCUAGUUCAUCUCAGAACAAAGCACAAACGACACCCCCUAGGUAUUAA